AACGCGCUCCCCGCUCGGAGGGGAGGCUUCCUCCCCUUCACGGCCCUUGCUGUUCAGGGGAUGCAGGACCCAGAAUGCAUAGCUGCCUCCCGUCCCCUGCGUCCUUGAAUUCAGCUUUUAGGUGGUGGCUCCCUCUUGGCGCUUGCCUUUUCAGGUGCUCAGUCCCCGGCUCCUCGCAGGGGGGGCUGUGGGUCUGGGGACCUGUGUUCAGCAGCACCCGGAUUCUCCCGCACUAAAGCCUCUCUCCGUACAAAAGCAUGAGUUUUUCCAAGCCAGUGCAGCCAUCCGUUAGGAAUCACAUAGGAAGUUUUCCAGAAAGCCCUAGGCUUCAGGAUCAUGCAAAGAUCCGUGGACUCUCAAAUUUUAUUUAAUAAAAGUACACGAAGCAGGCCCUCUUGAUUUAAACAUAUUUUUCCUUCAAUCAUAAGCACUGAAGGUUAAAAAAUAAUGCAAACCAUCAAGACAUCUUACUUUUUUAAAGUCAUGAUUUUCUAGAGAAUCAUUCAAGUUUCAUGCUAGCAACAAGUCUUCAAUCCUGGUGAAUGUGUUCGCUUGCUUUUUUUCAGUUUGUUUGGUUUUUUUGUCGUUUGUUUUUUUUGUUGGUCCAGCACAUGUUCACACAGUAAGGUAUGAGCAAAGGAGACACAAAGACACAGAGUCAGCAUGUAGAUGUGUCUGUCAUUAACUGUCCGAGUUAAUCAGUGUUUGUGUGUUUAUGGAGCGUUCAGUUUUGCAAUGCUUGUUUCGUUUCAACCCUGACAAAUAGUUCGUGUUUCUUUAGUCCAGUGACAAUGACCUUCCUGACUGCAGGUUGCUUCUGGCCUGACAGGGCUGCCUGAAACUCCCAGCAACAUGUUGCCAUUUUUCCUGGAAGACCCUUGAAAUCUUUAUGUUAUCCUAUGAUCAGAAUUGGGGUUUUUUUCUAGCUAUUGCUUUGCAUUUCUACCCAAACUGUAAAAAUACGGAUUUUGCGUUUGCAGCUAGCACCAUGCUGUAUGAUGAGUGCAUGGCUGGUCAUGUAAUGGGCUGUUUGCAUCCUCUUAUUUCCCAGGGAUUUCUCUGUCACUUGACCAGGCUGCAGCUAUUCCUUGUCAGCUGAGUGAUGUCUUUGGUCAUGUACCAGAAGUACUUUUGGUUGUGUAGUUGAGAAGAAUUUUUUUCUCGCAGAUGUCUUCUCCUAUCUUCAUGGCGGUGCAAGUGUGAACUGCCCAUCUUCCCAAUUGGUGCACUUAGCAAAUACCAUUUGCUGUGGAAUCCUCUGCUAAAAACACUAAAAUGUAGAGCAGUUGUGGUUCUGAUUUUGGAAAAACUGUAAUGUCUAGCUACGUUUUUUCGAAUUUAUGCAUUUCAUGCUUUAGACUUCAUACCACCCCAAAACUUAAACAUGCUCUAUGUCAUCCUUUUGUAAAUCAUACUUUUCAAAAUGGUCAUAGGUUCUAGAAUGUGUGCAAAUCCUAGCUUAUUGCUAUUCCUGUUCCUUAUAUACUUUAAGCAUGUAAGCAUUCAUUUUUCUGCAUUAAAAAGUAAUAUCCUGGAGACCAUCUAGCAAUGUCAGAAACUAAAAUAUUCCAAACCUCACCUUCAGUUAGAUGAUAAUAAUGCUUUUCAGUUAAUAUAUCAGAAAGGUGAACAGUCCCACAGUGGAGUCAAUGGAACUCUGGAAGUCCAUAUACUGUUAAGACAAUUCAUUAAAACCCAUUUAUAUUAAAAAGAAGGGAAUUGUCUUUAAUGAGGCAAUAUGCUUUCAAAAAGGAAAGAGUUAGAAAAGGUAACAUGUCCUUACCGAUAGGAAGUUAAUAGUAAUGAGUCUUAAAAUAGGUAGGCUUUGCUACUGUUUUACUGGGAAAUUCAGGGGCACGAAUCAGACAGGUUCUAGCAAAAAAAAAAAAAAAAAAGUCUAAAAGAAAACUUCACGUAAUAAAGGAAUUGGAUGUCAGUAGUUUCCGAGUUAGCAUUACAAUUCUUAAAGGUUACGUGCUUGGUUUAUGGCAUAAAAUCCAAACCCGAGAUAAGGCAGUUCACAAAGAGUGGCUGGGGAGCUCAGGCAGGUGGUGCACAACACCUGCGCAAGGAGCAGCGAGGCCGACCCACAGGGUAACCUGACAUUUGUGUCUUUUUACUCUCAGCCUUCUCUGGAGCCAAGACGAAAGCUUGGCUGGCUGUGUCUUCCACGCUCAGGUAGAAUUAUUUUUAGAAAAAUAACGUUGAUGAAAAUUUGAUUUGAAAACCAAUUUGUUUGUUUGUUUUCCUGUAAUUGUGCCCACUUUAUCCUGCUAUGCUAGUACUGAGAAAUUUAGGGAGGGCCAGGGUAAAUAGAGAUGCCAUAUGAGUCGCUAAAAUCCUGUGGUUCCCUGUUAUUGGGAAGUGACCAGAACCUUGUUCAUUCCAGCUGAGGCUAAGUAAAAGCCUUAGCCAGUGUAUAUCUUGGGAUGAAAACCACUUGUAAUUCAGCAAAAGUCUAUUACUUAGGUACCUUAGUUAAGUAUCUACUAGUACUUUCAAGAGUUUGGCAUAUCCACUUGGCAAGUACUUUGGAAAGUCUGACCCAUUUUGCCAUAGUUAGCAAAGUACUUGAAUGUUCACUUAAGUUCAGCUUAAAAUCAAACAUGUGAAAUCAUCCUGAUUUCAGUAAAAAAUAAGUGUGACCUUGUAAACAAGACAUUCAGUGUCUUGGCAGUGAGAGGUCAGAAAUACUGUGAUUCUUGUGAAACUCGUGUUGUAUGUAAGAACUCUAUGUAAUUCUUUUUACCUUUUGGAGAACCAGCUCAAAAUGGAUACCUCUGAAUCUUUCACACAUGCUCCCUGCCCUGAAAACAGGACUGGUCAUGUCAAGUCAAGGGUGUACAUUAAAACAGUAGGUUAUAUUAUUUUUUUUUAAAUAAUUCCCUUUUCUCAAAGCAAAUUAGUAUUUUAUUUUCAGAAAGGCAGGAAGUUUCACGCAUCUUAAACAGCAAUGUGCAGCUUCCAGCCUGAGCCUGAGGAGUUGGAAGUGCUGGGUUACUGCAUGGGAGCACUGCAGAGCGGCCCGUGCUCGUACACGCUCCGUGCUUUACGCAACUGAUUUCUUCUUGGGACUCAGUUUCGCAUUAUUUGCUAGCUAGUAACCAUCAGAAGUAAACGGAUUCACAGUGAGAGCAAUAUUUUAAUGAUGAAACCAGUUUCCUAAAUACAGUGCUUUAAAAAAUACUUGAUGCCAGCAUGUUUAUGUGUUGGGUAUGAAAGAAUGUUGCACAAUAUGGAAAACUUUGCAAGUGAACUACUUAUUUACAGUCAGUAGCGCAAAGGAAUGAAGAACAAUGUCUAAUCUAUUACGUGCAUUAUUACCCAAAUGGAGAGUUUUUAUGUAAUGUGCUGAUGUGUAUGUUUUAACCAAGUUUAGAAGAAUAACAGGGGAAAAAACUUGGUAAAUUAAGAACCCUCUGUAGCUGGGGAGGGGAGUUAUUGAAGGAUUGCGUCCAUUAGUCAAUACGAUCAAAUAUAUAAUCUAUGAGCCAUUUGCUUCAGGUGGACACAAAGCCUAUACUAGAUUAAUAGUGACCAGACAUAACAGCUUGAAGCUGUAAGUACUGCAUAGUGAGUCAUUGGCCUACUUGGUGUAAAGCCUUUUAAACCUACCUACAGUGGUAGGUAACGUGGUACAAAAGAAAGUUCAAAAUAAAUCCCAAGUUGGACAAUUACUGAGCAGUUUGACCAAGAACCCUUUUUUAUUCUCAGUCUCUGCUUUCAGUUUGGGAUUGGUUUUUUGGGGGGGGUUGGGGUUUUUUGGUAACAUGGUCUAUGAUUUAUUUGUCACUGCAUUAAUUGUCCUCUGUUUCUCCCACUCAAACUUUCCACUUUCUGUAUGGGGUUGUGCACAAUCUGUCAGGUGUGUUGUGGGGUUUAGCCUUCUUUUCAGCAUCGGGCACAGGACCAGCUGACCACUGGACACGCUUUGAACCUGUCAUCACCUCUGACAUGAGGUGUUCUGCAGCAUGAGAAGGAUAGAGGCGGGCUUUGCCAUGUAAUGACUUAUUCCUAAGUCUGUUUCCUGUUAAAACAUCCCUAAUGCGUGACAUUUGUUUGAACUAGUAGUUAUUUUCUGAUGUUCAGCAGAAUUGUUCCAGUUCUCUUAUUGUGAUUAAGAUGUCAGAAGAGCCUCUCAAACUUCAAUUUUUCGUAUUAUUCUACUUUUUUUUCUUUUUUUUUUUUUCUUUUGGCUGGAAAUGGUGUCUCAUUUAAAAUGUGUCUCAGAAAUUUCAGUCCCCUAAACGUUUCAUGUUUUUGAAGUAACGGUGUAAUAAUUUUACCUUCUUUUGGAAAUAAUUUAGCCAUCAAUCUGAAACAUGUAUGUCGAAUUUCAGCCUGGAGUAAAUCUCAACUGGCAAAAUUCUAGUAAGAGUUGAUGGAAAAUAGCUGUAUUUUUAUAACGGAAACAUCAACUCAACCUUCACAGUUUGUGACAUGGAUGUAUGAAUGGAUUUAUAAUUCAUAGGAGAUUAGAGAAGGUACCUGUAGCUACUUUAUAUUCAGAGUUUAACGGAGUGGUUUUCUUCUAGUGAAUGAUCAAUUCAAAAUAUGCAUACUUUAAAUGAUGACUUAGGAGUCAAGUUCAUUAACUGAAAAUAUAUGGUGUAUACCUUGGAGAUUUAUGUUGUCUGCUCUUUUUCUCUUAGGAAGCCUGACAAAUAGGAAAAUACUACAAAGUGAAGAGAAAAUUCACUUCACGAGAACUGAGCUCUGCUUUCAUUGGCUUUUAAAUUUUAUUUGUAUUAAUAACUGAUUGGUGUCAGAUCAUCUCUGUAGUCUGCUGUGGUGAAAUUAUUAGGUUAAAGCUGGAAAAAAUGAAACAAUUAAAAAGAAAAAGAAAAAGCAAUUUUAGUGUUCAGGAAACUCAAACUCUCCUUAAGGAAAUCAGAAAAAGGAGAGAAGUACUCUUUUCAAAGCAGCUUAAUACAACAAUUAAUGAGAUGAAACGGAAAGCUUGGGAGGAAAUAGCAGAGUGUGUAAAUGCUGUAGGUGAAGGAGAGCAAAGAACAGGGACAGAAGUGAAAAGGCGCUACCUUGACUGGAGAGCACUCAUGAAGAGAAAACGUCUGAAUGCAAACAUCAAAGUAGUAGGUGCUGGGUUUCACCUUCCUUCAUCCAAUUUAGAUGAUUCUCUCAAUGAAGACAUGGAUGAGAAAAUGGGAUUUGCAAUUGAAUCUAGUUUUGAAUGGCAAAAUAUCACUGACUUCAGAGAAGCCGGUGGAUCUUUAACAGAAAUCAAAGUAGAAGAGGAAGAGGAGGAUCCGCAGAAUUUUGAAUUUCCUAUUGAGGAAGAAGAAGAAAUUUUGUCAUCAGUUUUGCCAGAUUCAAAAAAGGAAAAUGACCUACCAGACUUCCCCCACAUUGAAGAGUUUGGAAAUCUAAGCUCUGCUCAAGCUAGGCUAGCCUAUGAAGAUUCUCACUUGCUUAUAAAUCUGGAGAAGCAAAAGGUGGAGCUGGAGAAGCAGCGGCUAGACAUUGAAGCCGAAAGGUUGCAAGUGGAGAAGGAACGCCUGCAGAUUGAAAAGGAACGUUUGCGGCAUGUUGACUUGGAGCGUGAGAGACUCCAGAUUGAGAAGGAGCGACUUCAGAUUGAAUGGGAGAAACUCAGGCUAGAGACUCUGCAUGCUGAAAAACCUGCCCUGGAAAAUGACCUCACCCAAACAGAAAAACCCAUCAUGCAGCCCCUGGAUCUAGAAACUGAAAAGUUAAAACUUGAAAAAGAACGUUUGCAGUUAGAGAAAGAGAGGCUGCAGUUCCUAAAGUUUGAGUCAGAGAAGCUGCAGAUUGAGAAGGAACGCUUGCAAGUGGAGAAGGAGCGCCUUCGAAUUCAGAGAGAGGGUCACUUGCAGUGAGCUUCUCAACUUAGUGUCAACAUUAGUGUUCUGAUGUUUGUAAAAUAGAGGUAGUUCUUUUCUUAAUACUGAAACUCUCCUAGAGGCUUAACAUUCUUCUGUUCGGAGUUGAAUGUUGAUGUUAAACUGAAAAAAAAAAAAAAUGGUGCUCAGUAUGUCAGUGUGCCUACAUAAAUGAGCUUGUGUGUGAAAUUGCUUUUCAGUGUAUCAGAACUAAGUGUUACGUUCUCUUGUCUUCAGUAUUGUGUUGUGUUAGUUCAGUGUCCUUCUCUCAUUGAGAAGAACCGAGGCCGAACCUUGUACUUUUUUCACUGUACUAACAGUAGGGAAGGAUCAGAAUAAAUCAACGUAAGUUUGUGAGGUCACAGUGUUGACCAGUAAAUAAGUUUAAGUUAGACAGAACACAGUAACAGAGUCAUAAUACGAUCUAUUCAUGAAACAUGAUUUCCUCUUUUUGGUUUUUUUUUUUCCACCCCCACAAUUGGAAAAAAGAGUUCAAGAAUUAUGCAAAACUCACUGCAGUUGUGUUUACUGUUGUUCCAUGGCUUAAACUGAAUGGGAGUGCAGAAAAUAGUAUUCUUCCUUUUGCAUGAAGUAAUCACACUAGAUGAAGUUGCACAUCAACCCUACCUAGUAUAAGCUGGCCUGUUGGUUGCACCAGGUCAUUAAUAAUGCUAUAGGGAAUAUAGCACCUGUCUUAGCAUAGCAUGGGGACUUACUGAUUGAUCAGGUAUGCUGCCUGGUGGGUCUGUCAUGACCCCCUGAAGUAAAUCACUAGACCUGGUUUGGUCCCUGAAAGACAGUAGCUGGUGAUGGGAGUUUCGGGAGUGGAGAGACACAGGCUGAGCCAUGGACUAAGGAGCACUGAGCUUGAGCACAAACAUUCUUCUGCCUGGCCAGUACUGAGGCCUUGUUCGUGAUGCAGCCAGGAGAGGCUUCUCUGGCUGACAUCCUAUAGUGUGUUUAAUUAGACAUAUGGAAAUGGUCAGUGCUGAAGGCUGUCAGUGUUUUUCAUAAGCAAUGUAUUCAUUUAAAAUUAAAAAAACAAGGAAGCUUUCUAUUAUUUCAUACAUGUUUAAAUCCCAACUGAGCCAGAGUUCACAUUUCUCAUCUUUCUGCAAGUAGCUAUCUUUUGUUGACUACAUUUGAAACUUAGGACUGUGAGAAUACUAAAUCUGAAUAUAUGUCGAGUGACUUACAUGGAUUCUUGUGCAAGUAAAUAUAUUUAUACCACUACAGGAUUACUUUUAUUCUGCAAAGAAAAUGUUAUUUUUUUAU